UAUCCAAAGCACGUAACUCCCAAGUUCUAAUCGAGUUAAAAGAAAUCUAUCGAAGUAAAUUUCUUUCUUUCUAGCCUCCUGCUAAAAACUUUUGUUGCAAUGGCAAGCUCAGCAAUGGUGAAGGUUCUUUGCGUGGGGUUGAUGGGAUUGGCGUUGCUUGCCCCGCAAGGCGAUGCGGCAAUUCCAUGCACCACGGUUUACAAUACCCUGUAUCCGUGUGUGAACUAUGUAAUGGGUACUGGUCCCUUGGGAGCUGAUUGUUGCAAUGGGAUUAAAACCCUUUACGGUGAAGCUAACACUACACCUGAUCGUCAGAGUGUUUGCACUUGCUUGAAAUCUAUUGCUUCCAAUGCCGGAGGCAGUAGCACUACCUUGGGCAAAGCUCGAAGCCUCCCUCAACAAUGUGGUGUUAACCUACCUUACGAGAUCUCUCCCACCAUUGACUGCUCUAAGGUUGUUUGAGUUUGAAGGGUUGGAGGUCUGAUCUUGAGUAUGAAGGUUUCAAGAUCUACAUUUCAAGGAAUUAUUCUGGAGUAUUAUAUAUUUCUAGCUUUCAAGGUUGCUUAGCGUCCUCGUUUUCCUCUUUCAGUUGUUGUUUUUGUAAUCCGGCAUUAAGGUCUAUCGGACCUUAAUCCGAGUACUUUUAGGCUGAUGUUCCAGUGUCUAUCGGACUUGUAGUGGUGGCAAAAUGGUUUUAUGUAUUUCAUAAAAUGUUAAUGAAUAUGUUUUUCUAUAUUAAUUCUA